UAGACGGAUUUUAAUUUAAAAAAAUACAGUACUACUUACUUUUACUUCCGAAUAAAAAAAAAAAUUGACAAAUUGAAUAAAAUAACAAAUGAAAAUACUCCAUUUUCUUGAUAACUAGACCUAGACCCACCGAUCAGAGCUCGGCGAGAAUCGAUGGCGGAAAUUUGCGAACACGGUGCGAAAAUGGAAGAUAAGGUUGAGACAGCACUGAAAAUUUCGAUUCACCAUUUUUCGCCAACACGCCGCCGUCUGCUAAAAUGUACGCGUGGUCCUCCCCACCCGCUCCACCCUUGAUUCGACCUCCAUGGAAGCCGUCUUCCGCGAACUUUCAGACUCUUUUCAGCCGCCGCCACCUGAUUACCACUCUGAUUUCGAUCUUUACCCCCUCUUUUGCCGGUUUUACUUUGCCCAUUUCUCCUGAUUUUGUUGCUGAAGCUCGGGGUCUGUUCCAGAUGCCGCCUGCUCGUCUCGUCAACAGGUACUUUUUGGUGAGGGCGGGGGAGUCUGAAUUCGACAGUUUUGGAAUAAUUAACACAAACCCAGUUGCUAAGACAUCUGUUGAUAGCGGAUUGUCUGAGAAAGGGAAGAGGCAAACUGUUAAAGCGGCCUUUGAAUUGAAGGAAUUGGGGGCCUGUGAAAAUGGUUGCUGGAUAUGGCCCUCUAUUACGCAGAGAGCUUAUCAGGCAGCAGAGAUUAUUGCAUCAGUAAAUGGUGUGAAUCGAAGUUAUAUAGUUCCUGAAUACAGUUUUCUCGACGCCCGUGGGCUCGGAGCUUAUGAAGGCAAGAGAUUGGAAUCAGUUUCAGAAGUAUAUGCUUCAGAUACCAUCUCUUCAAGCAUCAAACCUCCUCCCAUUGAUGAUGGAACCCCAAAUGAGAGCGUGUCUGAUGUCUUCGUUCGUGUAACGCAACUGAUGUCGAUUCUCGAAACCCAAUACUCUGGUGAUACUGUCAUCAUUGUCUCACCAGAUUCCGAUAAUUUGACAAUUCUUCAAGCUGGUUUAAUCGGUCUUGACUUGSGAAGGCACCAUGAUCUUUCCUUUGCUCCCGGGGAAGUUCGCUUCAUCGACACAAGUAGCAUCCCUUCCUAUAAGCAACCAGCUUCAGCUGUAUAUAAAUGUUUAAACCCUCCUAAUUGUAGCUGAUGAUCAUAUCAUUCUUGUAGAUAUUACCAUCAGAAGGCUAAUAAAUUAUCACCGAUCCUCUGAUUUUGAUGCACAA